CAGGCAGGCAGGCAGGCAGUCGGGCGGCGGCGGCCGAGGCGGAGGAUGUGGGCCACGCAGGGGCUGGCGGUGGCGCUGGUCCUGAGCGCGCUGCCGGGCGGACGGGCGCUGCGGCCGGGGGACUGCGAAGUUUGCAUUUCUUAUCUCGGCCGGUUCUACCAGGACCUCAAGGACCGGGAUGUCACGUUCUCACCAGCCUCCAUCGAAAAAGAGCUGAUCCAGUUCUGCCGAGACGCCAGAAGCAAAGAGAAUCGGCUGUGCUACUAUAUUGGGGCCACAGAUGAUGCUGCCACGAAGAUCAUCAAUGAGGUGUCUAAGCCCCUUUCACACCACAUCCCUGUGGAGAAAAUAUGUGAGAAGCUCAAAAAGAAGGAUAGCCAGAUCUGUGAGCUAAAGUAUGACAAGCAAAUUGACCUGAGCACGGUGGACCUGAAGAAGCUCCGAGUUAAAGAGCUAAAGAAGAUCUUGGACGACUGGGGGGAGUCCUGUAAAGGUUGUGCCGAAAAGUCCGACUACAUUCGGAAGAUCAACGAACUGAUGCCUAAAUACGCCCCCAAGGCAGCCAGUUCACGGACUGAUUUGUAAUCUGCCUGAUCCCUGCUGCACCUGAGGGUGGGAAACAAUUCGUCUGUAUCUUUCCCAAAAGCAGCCUUUUGUAAUUUAUUUUUAGGCAGGCUCCUGACUAUGUCAGGUGGGAAGCCUGGAGCUUCUUGAUGAUGUUGGCUCUACAGUGCCCCCAUGGAGGUGUUCACUCUUCUGUUGCUGGUCUAGGACUUCAGUGUGUCUGGGAUUUUUUUAUUAAAGGAAGAAAAUUUCUAGCUGUCCUUGGAGAAUUAAAA